AUUGAACAACGCCUCAGCGUUCGACCUCGUCCUUCCCCUCCUCCUGCCUUGUUGUUCUCUCAGUUAUUACCAGUGAAUCUUAAAUUAUGGAUGAUUCCGGCAAUCUUCUGAAACAGUACCCCUACGUUACAUCCCAAGAUGUGGACUAUCUUCGAGAGGGUUAUGGUGCUCUCGGAGAUAUUAGUCAACUUGUUCGAUGUAUAAACACAGCACGAGAAACUCAACAAGCCAAUGGUCGUGAACAUGUUUUAGCUGGACCAUUGCUUGAUGUGCAAUCAGUCCAUGUACUACCAAAAGCAGCACUCAAAGGAAGACAAGUUUUUGUGUAUGGUAGGAUUCGUGUUAAUUAUCUACACAUCAGUGAUGGUAGACAAAUGCAUCUUGACAUUUAUAACCGAAGUGCCGAUGAUGCUGAAUACAUUAGCCCAACUGGCGGUAAUUUAACUCUCACUUGGCCUGAUGAUAAUAAUCAGAAGGUCUAUGACUUGUGGAUGAAAUUGGACAAAACAACAAUAGCUGCGGAUCUCUAUCUCAAAAUUGGAAAUCGGACUGCUCCACUUGCCGUAGAUGACAUUUUAGUGGGGGAUACAACCAAAGGUGAUUUUGAAGAAGUGAAAUCAAAAGUAAUCGGUGGAAAACUUUGCUCCGCUACUGUUGUUUAUAUUGCAAUGCCAUUUGCUACAUUGGGUCGACUGGGCAUUCAUUUCUCCAGCAAAGACCGAAACAUCCAUCAGGUUAAUGUCGCCGGUAAAAUAUCUGCACGAUAUAAGAACACUUACGGCAACUAUGACUGGGAAGAAUGGACUCUUUUUGAGAGUAAGGAUGAAUUUGAGCCUGUCAAUUUAAAGAUGAAUAAAUACUUGAGGCUCUCUAGAUACUGGUUAGGGAAGCCUGCAUAUUCAUCACUCAUUCUUGAUCUGGAUUUGAGAGACUUCGAUGCCAACACAACGCUCAUCAAAAGAAAAGUGGAAUUAUUUGACCGGAACGGUGUGUUUUCAACUGAGUAUUUAGUGACAGUAGAUGGUUUGACCAUUCGUGUGCAUAUGCCUAUGUUUUCGUAUCAACCUGAUGGCUGCUGCUAUGAGAGCAGUGAUUCGGAUGAGUCUGAUGAUGAAUGCGUUUUCGAAGACAACCUUCGGUACCAUCAUCAUAGUAUGCCAGUGACACCUUGCGCAUCAAACCUAGUGGAGUUCUACUCUGUUCUUAUUGGUCGUAGAAAUUUGAUGGCAUUGAAUGUGUCAGGCACUAUUGAAAUCACUACCGACCAUAAUUCACAAUAUCUAUUCAAGAGUAUUGGUGACGAUGUUGUGAAAAUGGAAGAAGGAGACAAAGUUCUUCCAUUGUUGGAAGUGGACAAAGAAUAUUAUGAUUGCGAGACGCUUGAGUUGAAAAUCAAUCUGAAAGAUGUUGACGGGAAGUAUAAGAAUAAAGGUUUUCUUACUUAUGAAAUUGAUUUCAGCGGACGUCCUUUUUGGUUCAACACCCAGCGAUGUUCUGUUAUCCCAGGCGAAGAUGGUUUUUGUGCUCUAUUUUAUUCCAUGUUCCGAAAAGCUUGUCUUGCUGACAUUGAGGUGCAUUUCAAGGUCAAGAAUGUUUGUGAUCCCUUGAUUUAUGGAAGUGUAGUAGCUCAAUAUAGCAAUUUCGACUACUCAACUCAGUUCAAGAGAGAGUAUUUUCGAAGUGUGCUUUUUAAAAGGUCUAAGAAAGAUCUAGCAGAAUUAGGGGUUGAUGGGAAGGUACCACUCGCUCGUUGUGUGGUUGUGGUUCCAAUGCAUUCAAGUCUUAUUCUUGAUUUGGAUCUCUGUGGGUCAACUGUGAAUGAUAGUUUAUCAUUCAAAAAAGAAUUUGAGAUUGGACAUCAUUUGUUUACGAUGGAGACAACUCUCUAUGAGCUUGACAUUAAGCUGUCUUGGAGAGAUGCCUCUUACUAUGAAUCAGGAAAGGAGAAAAUGGAAGAUAUGAACCUGGUCAGUCUAAAAGGAAACAAUUCUGCUAGGGAACACUCGUCGUAUCAGCAAGAAUUGCAAGAACACGUCUCAGAAAGAGUGGACAAGGAGCGUUCCUCAGAAGAAAAGCCAUUUGAGUUGGAAAAAAAUGUGGAAGCUUCUGACUUUCCACGGCCAUCUCGGGAAGAACCUGUUGGGGAGAUCGCAAAACUUAGCUAUGCUUCCAUAGUAUGCGGACCUAAAGGAAAAUCUACACCAUCUGCUAGUGUGCCGCCACCCUUUACCAAGGGCACACCACCACCUCCAGAACGGAAACCAGUUCUCCGCCAGUCAAAUCCUUUCUCAACGGUUUUACGUGAUUACAAUCAUCAACGGGUUGAUAAAGGCUUUCAUCAGGAAGGGAAAUCAUUGUCUGUGUUUGUCAAGAAUUUACCAACUACGGUAUCAAUUCAAGAUAUUGUUAGAGAGUUUCAAAACUUUGGAACAAUCAAGCAAGGUGGAGUGGUUUUGAGAAAGGGAAAGGAUGUUGGCAACUGCUAUGCGGUUGUUGAAUUUGAAGAUGUCAAGGGUGUUUGCAAUGCACUCAAGGUUUCUCCAAUAAAAUUAAAUGGAAGGCAAGUCCACAUACAGGAGAGGAGACAAGUCAACAAGAACAUCACUUCACGUGGGAGAGAAGGUGCAGGAAGAGCAGGAGGUCGAGGGAGAUCAUUUGGAAUGGGAGCUUAUCAACAUAACCCUGUGGUUAUGACUGGGUGAAGGGUAAUAGCUUUUGUGCAGCUUGAUACAGAAAACGGCUGGCCUUUUGUGAGUAGGGCUAUAAAAGAAGCAAACCUUUUUUGUUUGAUUCGUGAUUCGUAUUCGAUUACUUCGAAUCCGAAUUCGAAAUGAGGAUGCUGUUUCCUUUUUUUGCUUGAGCCGGGGGUCUGUUGAAAACAACCUUACUAGUUUGGAGUAGGUGCAAGGACUGCGUACACACUCAUCUUUCGAGACCCUACUCUUGUGAGAUUCAACUGGGCUGUGGUUGUACUCUCAAUCGACUUGUGUAGAACAGUGUGUGCCUUUUCCUCUUUGGGUAAUUUUGUGUUCGCUUCAGUGUCCAAUCUAAGCAGCACUCCUUACACCUAUAUUUUUUGCAUGUGGAUGUGCUGUAGUGGUUCAUUCUUGUAAUUUUGAGUUGAAAUUUUCUUUCAAACGAAGGGCUUAUGUGAUAUUGUG